AUGUUAAAAAAGUACUCUUCAUUAGCCUAGAUGCAACAAGAGAGUGCCAGAUCUGAUAGGUAGUAUCCCGUUUUGAAUAAGAUUUCUGUUUGCAUAUCGUAACAAUGUCUAUGAUCUAACACAUUUUGUAGAUGAUCAUCCUGGAGGAAGGUUCUCUCUCUAAACUUUCAAGGGUAAAGACUUAGAAAAUGUAUAUUCAUUCAAUUUAAACUCAGAUUCUAUUUAAUGCAUCCAUACACAGACACUAACCCUCAAUACUCUCUUCUCUAGAGCAAUAUAAAUGUGGUGUAAUUGAAACCAAAAAUCCUUAAGACAAUAAACCUAAGCCUCAAGUUAUAUAGACAGCCAAAUCCAAUCCUCCAUAAAAGAAAGAAUAAAUUUGCAAAACCUAAUUGACAGAUGACAAGACCAAUAGAUCAAAUGUCACAUCACAAUCUAAAGUCAGUAUUUAAUAAAACAGCAAUUUACUAUCUCCUGACUCAAAUCAAAUUAAAAAAUCAAACUUAAAAUAAACUUCAAAAACAAAACCUAUCAAUAAGAAUGAAAGCAAUAUGGCAGAAUCAACUAAAACUAUUAAAUCUAAAUCUGAUUUAAAUAUUUUAAAUCACUAAAAGUUUUAAGACACAUCAUAAUUCAAAGGUUCAUCUAGUUAAAUAUCUAUUAUUUCAAAUCCUAAAAUUUCAUUGCUAUCCCCACAGAUAAUCCAUGAAGAAGAUGAAUCUUAACCUUCCCCAUUAAAUAACGUUGAAAAAUUUGAAGGUGGUCUUAUACCAGAAGACAAUAUCAACUUAAAAGUACCCAUUUUAAAUUACUAAUUAACUGGUUAUCUUAGAUUUAAAUAUACCCUAAAAAAUUGA